AAAAUAUUUCUUUACUCAAUUUAAAAGGCAUAUGAAAGACUUGAAAGGGAGAAUAAAAAAAUAUUGAAACAGAAAAAAACAUGGACCUCGGAGACCUAAAUAAAUAUAAUUUAUAAUGGCGUCUGGCCAUUGCUCCCACUGAUUCCCCCUCCGCACACCCUGUCCGAGUCAUGGCCCAAAUGUUAAGACAAUUUAAAACAGGAUACAAGUCGGAUAAUGUUUUUUGUAUCUAUUCCUGCGCAGGACCCUUUAAGCAUAACGAGCGCAGCAAAUCAGAAGCUGUGGAUUAUCUAUAUUGAUCACACAAUAAACCAAUCACAGCAAAGAAGGCGGGACUUGUUCCCAGCCUCCUUGGCAACGGUCACACUGACUUUGCGGACUAAGGUUUACUGUAUGCCAACUGACGACGAGUCGUAUGCGUAGGAUGUAAAUACUUUGACAGCUCUUCACGAAUCUUCGUGUCUUUCUUUUCUGUGUUCUGUCUUCCGGUUGGAGCGCUGUCUGGAUGACCACGGCCUGAAUGCAGCCUACUUCCUCAGGUGACAGGCUGAUCCUACCGCCCCCUCCCAUCAGAGAUGCUUCAGUCUGAGGUUGACUCUACAACGCAGGACCAGCAACUGCCUCUGCAGGUCUUUUAGAGAACGGAAGAAGCCAGAAAACUUGACCUAAGCGUCUUCUUCUUACUCAUCUAGAUCAGAGGGUUCGUGUUGCCCUGUGCUUCAAAAUCUGUUCGGCACUUUAAGCCACAAACUGAAGUGCAAAGAAGGCGACGGACGGAGCUAACGGUAGUUUAAACUCCACUCACAGCCGGCUUUACCCCCUCCUUCAUUGAGUAUCACUUGGAUGCGAUGACUGACUCGGCGGUGGACAGCAAAACGGAGGUCAAGCAGGCCACAAAAUAUGUGAAAGAGACCGAAAACGUCGCGGAGAAAUACUCCGCGUUGACCGUCAGCAAGAACACCAGCGACGUGAACAUGAACGUUGGAGAGAUGCCCUCCGCGGCGUUCACCGCAGUCCCGACACUGAAGUCGGUGAAGAAGAUUCAGUUUGCGAAUGCAGAGGACAAGCAGGAAUUCAGCAAGUAUCCGACCAAGGCAGGUCGCCGCUCCCUCUCACGUUCCAUCUCACAGUCCUCCACAGACAGCUACAGCUCAGCUGCAUCCUACACCGACAGCUCGGAUGAUGAAACAUCCCCACGGGACAAAGCCCAGGUCAACAGCCAUGGCAGCACCGACUUCUGUGUGAAGAACAUAAAACAGGCUGAAUUCGGCCGGCGAGAAAUUGAAAUAGCGGAGCAAGACAUGUCUGCCCUGAUCUCGCUGAGGAAGAGAGCCCAGGGGGAGAAGCCGCUGGCUGGUGCAAAGAUUGUGGGCUGUACCCAUAUCACUGCUCAGACAGCCGUCCUGAUUGAAACUCUGGUGGCCCUCGGUGCCCAGUGCCGCUGGACUGCCUGUAACAUCUACUCCACUCAAAACGAGGUGGCCGCUGCUCUUGCUGAGACUGGUGUACCUGUGUUUGCGUGGAAAGGUGAAUCAGAGGACGACUUCUGGUGGUGCAUCGAUCGCUGUGUCAAUACCGACGGCUGGCAGGCCAAUAUGAUCUUGGAUGAUGGUGGAGAUUUAACCCACUGGGUUUACAAGAAAUAUCCCAGCGUGUUCAAAAAGGCACGAGGAAUUGUGGAGGAGAGUGUCACUGGUGUUCACAGAUUGUACCAGUUAUCUAAGGCAGGUAAACUGUGUGUCCCUGCAAUGAAUGUGAAUGACUCGGUUACAAAGCAGAAGUUUGACAACCUCUACUGCUGCCGCGAAUCUAUUCUGGAUGGCCUGAAGAGGACCACAGACAUCAUGUUUGGAGGCAAACAAGUGGUUGUGUGUGGUUAUGGGGAGGUGGGAAAAGGCUGCUGCACUGCUCUUAAAGCCCUCGGUGCCAUUGUUUGCAUCACAGAGAUUGACCCCAUCUGUGCCCUGCAGGCAUGUAUGGACGGAUUUCGAGUGGUCAAGCUGAGCGAGGUGAUCCGGCAGAUGGACGUGGUGAUAACUUGCACUGGCAACAAGAAUGUUGUUUCCAGAGAACAUCUUGACCGAAUGAAGAAUGGCUGUAUUGUCUGCAAUAUGGGACAUUCCAAUACCGAGAUCGAUGUGGCGAGUCUACGCAGCCCUGAACUGACCUGGGAGAGGGUUCGCUCUCAGGUCGACCACAUCAUCUGGCCUGAUGGAAAAAGGGUGAUUGUGCUGGCAGAGGGUCGUCUUUUAAAUCUGAGCUGUUCUACAGUGCCAACAUUUGUGUUGUCCAUCACUGCUACUACCCAGGCUCUGGCCUUGAUUGAGCUGUACAACGCUCCAGAAGGACGUUACAAACAAGAUGUUUAUCUUCUGCCCAAGAAAAUGGAUGAGUAUGUGGCCAGUCUGCACCUGCCCAACUUUGAUGCUCACCUGACAGAGCUGUCUGACGAGCAGGCUAAAUACAUGGGGCUGAACAAGAACGGGCCAUUCAAGCCAAAUUAUUACAGGUACUAAUAAAGAUGUCUGCUACUCAGCGAAACGUUGUCCUGGGAUUAAAAGAGAUAUCUAUUUUAUUUUCUAAACUACUGCAAGAUGAAGGAAUUAUUUUACUUAUGCUGAAUGUAACUUAUUAAUAGCACCUCAGAAGUAGAUUUAAAAAUGACAUGUUAAGACAUAUAGAGAACUUAUAAUAUAUAAUCAAUUAACACUGGUCUGUCUUGUGUUCAAAAGCAUCCUACUUGCAUGCAUUGAUGUUUCUGUGUUUUUAGUUGUUACUGAUUUUGUUUCUUGAUCACAGAGUUGUUGAUUUGUUUGUUUACUCUAUUUACGCACAGUGCCAAACUAUGGCUGUUUCUGUUUUAAGCCAGAGUUUAGGCUGAGCCAAAGCAAACUCUGUGUUGGUAUGUACAGGGGUUGGACAAUGAAACUGAAACACCUGGUUUUAGACCACAAUAAUUUAUUAGUAUGGUGUAGGGCCUCCUUUUGCGGCCAAUACAGCGUCAAUUCAUCUUGGGAAUGACAUAUA